UAUUUUUGCAACUAAAAAGUUCUCGUACGGUUUAGUGGAGUUUGUGACUUGGUCGCGUGGUGCUGGCGGUGCAGUCGUCCAAAUAAUUCGAGACAAUAAACUCAAGUUUUUCUGCCGGUUGUGUUUUUUGCUGAUACGGGAUUUUCUAUUUGCACCGUGACUGUUGGUGACUGUUGCGCUGGAGGUCACAUGCUGGCAGGUUUCAAAAGAAAAUUGAAAAGUGUUUUUCGUGAAAAUUUAAAAUGCAGCAUUUAUUGAGCUUAGUGUUCGCUAUCAUUUUCGUGACAUAUCAGGGACUUGGAGUUGAUGGUCACCGUUUCGGUUACUCAGAACCGAAUCAACGACGUUGGGCAAGACAUCAUGGACACUGUGCGGGUAAAACGCAAUCACCGAUUGCAGUUCAUUCAAGCAAAACCAUACCACUGUAUAUGCCAGCUAUCGAUAUGAUAGGUUACCACAAUUUGUUGCCACACCCACUUAAAAUAUUAAACAACGGACACACAGUAUCAAUUACCAUACCCAAGCUGAAUGCGACCGAACUGAAAAACGGUGAAUUUAUGCCUUAUGUGCGCGGUGGAAAGCUGCCGGGUGAAUUCGAGGUGGAAGGCAUACACUUCCAUUGGGGCGAUAAGAACAAUCGAGGCGCUGAGCAUGUUGUCAACGAUAUUCGUUAUACAAUGGAAAUGCACAUUGUACACCGAAACAAGAAAUAUGCCACAUUGGCUGAGGCAUUAGAUUAUGCAGAUGGUGCAGCUGUGCUGGGAUUCUUUUUCAAUUUAGAUGAAGAUGAAGGUCCUGGUUUAACAACAAUAUGCCAUCAUUUACAUUUGAUACCGGAUGCAAGUAAUGAGAUCAAUUUAAAUGUGACCUUCUCACUUUCUUCAUUGAUAAACACCGUUGAUGUGGACAAGUUUUACACAUAUAAAGGUUCUCUAACAACACCUCCAUGUUCGGAAGCAGUAACAUGGGUACUAUAUCCUGAUCCAAUACCAAUAUCACCAAAACAAAUUUCACGUUUCCGUCAACUAUUGGAUACUCAAGAUGGUGCACUUGUUGAUAACUACCGUCAUUUACAGCCACUUGGUAAUCGUCUGGUUUUCAUGCGGAUUGGCAACAAUCGUCACACGAAUGUAGACCAUUUAAGUAAUCAAAUUGACUAUAGGAAAUGGGAUUGGUUUCAUUGAUUCUUCAUUUCAAUAGAGUUUCCAUUAUAUUUUAUACCGGAAAGUUAGAUGCUGU